AUGGUUGAACCUCUUGUUAACCUCUUUAACCUCUUCUUCUCCGUUCAAGAGUGCUGUGAUUUCGUAACCUCUGUUGUUGUCACAACGAAUGUAUUUUUUGAAGAAUUGGAUGUAGAUUACUUGGAAAGGAGAGGUGACAUAUGGCGAUUGGAGAUAAGUGACAGUACAUCAAAGGAGGAAGAAAAUUCUGCUGACAGUCUGGAACAAGUUAAAGUAAUUUUUUUAGGGGCUCCCGGAGUUGGAAAAUCCAGUAUUGUCAAGCAAUUCGUUUGGAGUGAAUUUAAUGAAGAUUAUAGACCGACAGAAAAAAGAGAAACUUAUCAUCAAAGUGUCGUCUUGGCUGAUAGACUUUAUGAAAUUAAAAUCACCGAUAUUCCAACUAUUCCCUAUUUCCCAAUUAAUUCACAACACGAAUGGACCGAUUUUCGAUAUUAUGGACUCAGAAGCGCUACUGCCUAUGUUCUCAUUUUCGAUCUUAGUAAUCAAGAUACAUUUCAGUAUAUAAGAAUGUUGCGAGAACAAAUUUAUGAGGCACGAGACAUGAGGGGAGUGCCUUUGUUGGUCGUUGGUAACAAACAAGAUAAACUCACGGCUCCUGCGGCUCCAGGAACGAGACACAGGGAUAUUGUCAAUCUUGUUCGCAAACAUUGGAGAUGCGGUUACGUUGAAUGCAGUGCAAAAUAUAAUUGUCGAGUAGUUCAGGUUUUUAGGGAAUUAAUGAAAAAUAUUCAAGCCGUAGAGGGAAAGCCACCGUCACCAACACCAACAUCAUCUCAAACAAUGAGAGCCAAUCAGCAAAACGCUCAUGAAAAAUGUGUUAUUCUUUGACAAUGAAACCAAUGUUUCAUUAUUAUUCAAAGAAAAAAAGAACUUUUAUGACUGUGACAAAAAACUGCUUUCUAACUUUUCAAUUUCCCUCCCCAAAAAAAAAAAAAUAAAAAUAAAAAAUUGCGUACUGGCCUAAAAAUGUACAACAAAAUUAUAUUAACAAAAUUAAUUUCUUUU